AAAUGUGUAUCUGUGCCUCUCCCUUUUCCAUGAAAUUGAAGAGAGAUGAGGGGACAACCCCCACUGGCGUCACCACCCCCACCAGCCCUGGGGAUGGAGUUGAAGACAAGGCUCAGAUACAGCUUCCUUCAUUGGCAAAGGAGGUAAAAAAUGGCUUUCCUGCGACACCCAAGAUGCGAAGAUCAGGUGCUUUCAUGGUGGCGGUCUCCAGUCCCAAGGCCAUCCCCAAGCAAUCCUUGACGAUGAGUCCCAAAGUGGGGACCAAGCUGGGACAAAGCCCACUAAACGUAAGUCCUAAAAAGGGCCAUAAUGGCUCCAGCAUUCCUGCUCGAACAGGGUCAGAGUCCCGUCUUGUACGGCCAAGGUUAGGAUCCAGCUCUCCCAGAAGCAGCUCUCAAGACAGCCUGUCCCAGUCCAGUGACAGCCUUAAGACCUUGGCACUGGACAACAUGGUGCGUUCAAACAGCUUCACUCACUUCAAGCAGAUUCCCUCGCCCACCAGUCAGCCUAUGACACGGUCCUUCUCAUUUAACCGUGCUGUGGAGCUAGCCAAGCCUCUGGCAAACACUCAGCUUCGACCUCCUCGGAGUAGUUUUCUUAAACCCCCUCAGCUGAGCAAUGGAAGAGUGGGUUUAGGACUGGGAGGCCUGAAUGGCAGCCUUGGAGGUUCAGGAGGUCUAUGUGGAGGACUUGGAGGACAUCAAUACAGUAGAACUUCUUCAGCUGCCUCCUCUCUGCCCACCCUCUCGAUCUCCCCAGCACCCACUACUCCCAGCGCUCUAAAGAAGCCUCUGCUCCCCAGUAGUGUGCUGACCAAAUCAUUGGGCAGCAGUGGGGGGUCUUUGGGCUACAGGCUGUCUCGAUCUGGGCAGGCCAAGCAGCAGAAGCCACUUUUUCUAGGAAGGGUCAAGGGGGAUAUCAGACCUUCAGCUACUUCUGAAUGUGCAGGGCUAUUAGGGAUAGCAAAAGACAUUGAGCAAACUGUUGAAGCUGCCAAGGCAGACUCACACAGUGACAGUGAUGGAAGCUCUGGAGAAAAAGGAGGAGAAAGUAGUAUGCUUAGGAAGAGCUCUGGCCAGACAGCAGGCGAGACUCUGGAAGACAUGUCCUUGUCUUCUGCCUCAUCUCUAGACAGAGGUGAUACCAGUGAAGAGUUUCUAGAUGACAUUGACUGUGUGGGAGAUGUGUUCAGUGAUAGUGACCUGCCUGACAACAGGAAAACUGGCAGCACUACUCAAACCCGCCUACAAAGCUUUCUCAAUGAGACCCUUGAUUGGGACACCAUGGAUCUGGCAGGAAAUACAGAAGAAAGCCCUAUGCAGGACUCCCAGGGACCACUGGAUUUGUCUUCAGAGCAGGGUGAUGUCCUUCAGGCUUCGUCUGUGGAGUUAUCGCCCUCCAACAGCUCUGGUGGAACCUACAUGUGGGACGAAGAUGGUCUUGAGCCCCUUGGGGGGCCUGGGCCAUGUGACAGCUAUGAUGAUUCAGAGCUCAACAGCAUGGAUAUCCUGAACAACCUGGACCCUCCGGGAACAGGAGAGUUGGAUGAAGAUGACCUCAUGCUGGAUGUGGACCUCCCAGAGGAUGGCUUGCAUGACGCUGAUAGGAUGUCGCACUUUGCGCGCUCAGAAAGGGCCGGCCGGCAGGGGCAGCGACAUAGACACCAUCGCUGGAGUGGACCAGAUCACUUCUACAAUGAUAGCAGGGCCCAUGUUGUCCAGCACUACGAUGGUCUUAAGACUUCAAGGAUCUCUUCACGGCCCAUCCCCUCUGAAGGCAGGCAGCACGGCUACAUGGCGAUGCUGGAUGAACUAACACUCGAACACAUGACUCAGGACUGCAGCUCGCUCAAGAACCAGUUGCUCAGGCUCAAAACGUUGCUACAGCUUGAGGAUACCGACUCUCCAGCAGAUGUUCCUGAAGAGAUUGAAGACAAUACCACUGUAUCACAGUUGGAGGAGCUGAUUAAGGAAGUGCAGGUGCUCAGAGAGGAGCUGAGGAGUCGAGACAAGACCAUUGCUCAGCUCACAUUGCAGUGUCAACAGUUACAACAACAUCAGCGCAAACAAAUUGCAGGCAAGUCUGCUCAAGGACAGCCGGUCAGGUGUCAGUGCCACCACCAGAGGGCUCCCACUUCACUACGACAUAGUGACAGACAGAUGGACAAACAGAUUCAGCAUCAAUAUGACAAGGCCACACAGACGUACUGGAGACCACCAAGCCAUGCUCCUCAAAUACUACAGCCUUUCAACCCCUGCCUCAACGAGCACCUCCACCAGGGAAGACUAGUAAAAACUCCCCCCACCGAGGGCCACAGUGAUCUCACAAGGAGUAGAUCAGAGGAAGGAAUGCAUAUAGACGCUAACCGUCCUCUUGAAGACCUUAUGGCAAAUGUGUCUGGGCCAGCACACCCCGAUGAGAUGAGUCAUCUCCUCAGCACCAACCUACACCGGCCAGGCUUUGGGGCUCCGCAGGGGGUAAUUGCCAGAGACAGUCCGGCAUCAGCAGCUCAGUCUGCAGCAGAGCAUGAACGAAGAGCCCCUGCUGUGAUACCGCAGAGCUCUGUCACUGCUAAAUCUGCUGGUUCGACUAGCCCUCGCAUGCUGCAGCCUCCUCGCCUACACAAGCGUGUGUCUCUCCCUUCACUCAAGCCAGGGGGCACUGGUGGCUUUGCCUCUCUGAAGACUGGGUGUUCCUUAGGGCCUCUGGCUAACCACAUCAAGCAGCUGCCCCCUCCAUCUAGAGGCCUUCCCUGCUUUAAUGCUGGACCCCAGGUUCAGGCUUCAAGUCUAUGUCGCGCUUCACUGCUUCAGCCUCGCAGAGCAUCAGAGCCUUGCAGGUUUCCAAGGUGCUCCCACUCCAGCCUGGAGGAGCCCGAUCAGGGGACUCUCAAAGGCCCUGGGUCAGCAAAGAUCCUGAUCCCUUUGAGUCGCUCAUGCCUCCCCAAGCCAAAGAUUCCCUGAGGAGCAUAAACACAGCCAUCAAAACUUAAAACUGGAAUCCCUCUGACAUUUAUAUUCAUCCCCUUCUCUCCCCAGCCAUAAUAACUGUGUGAUUGUUUCACCUUUUGAGUGUCAGAGGAACAUAAACUGAGCUGAUUAACCCAUAUAGACUAGUCAGGGACUGCCUGUGUCGUUGACAUCGGUAUUGUGACAGCUGUAUUGUUUCUAUAUUAGCAUCUACAACUCCAGCCUGACUAACUGAUUGAAAUAUAGUAUAUAGCAGGAUCUUAUCUUCACAACAAUCCAUUGUGGUAAAUAGUAAAAUAGUUUUCAGAUUGAGGGGAAUUUUAUGGAAGUUUGCAAGCCAUGCACAUGAAUGACGCUGAUCCAAAAAAAUGUUAAAAUUCAGAGAAGUCAGCUUUAGUUUGGUUUUAUAAAUGUCCGCUGGCUAAUUUUAAAAGUCUUGUCCUCACACAGCUGUGCCCUCUGACACACAGGUGCAUUUGAUUUUAAACAUGGAGGUGACAUGAAUGUGACCUUUGCAUUGUAAUAGAAGGCCAAGGGGAAGAUGGAGGCAAAAACAAGAAGUGAGAAAUAAAAUAAAAAAAACAGAAGUGGAAUGGGGGGGGGCUAGACUGAAAAACUAAUUUGUCAAAGUUCUCUGGAGCUGUCACUCCCAGAAUGAAAGUGUGUGUGUGUGUGUGUGUGUGUGUGUGUGUGUGUGUGUGUGUGUGUGUGUGUGUGUGUGUGUGUGUGUGUGUGUGUGUGUGUGUGUGUGUAUGUGUGUGUGUGUGUGGGGGGGAAGUGCAUACAUGUUUUUAGUUACAUCCUGGGUGAACCUUUGAACCAGCACAUAUUAGCAAAAGGGGUCUCAGACCUUCUGUGUAAAUGCAACUCAGAUGUAAUUAUAGUCUUAUAAAAAUAAUACCAUGCUGGUGGUGGAGAUAUUAUUUAGAGAAACAGUGUGCAAGUGAGGAAUUAGGUUUUAUACCGUAGCGGAAAAGAGCAGUGUAAUAAAGCACUCACACACUGUGUGUGUGUGUGUGUGUGUGUGUGUGUGUGUGUGUGUGUGUGUGUGUGUGUGUGUGUGUGAGUCUGAGCUGUUGUCGUUUUUCCCCGUCUCUCUCCUCCUCUCGCUCUCUUGCACAUCACUUUGGGAACAUCAAAGGUAUUAGUGUGGUAUUUUCAGGUAGGGAGCCUUUGGGGCUUUAGUGGUGUUUCUGUGGGAGUUUUUCAGAAUUGUGUUUAUCUCUCCUUUGCGGAGCCCUUUUGCAGUCAAAUGCUUCCGAAAUGUCCCCAAACGGAGAGCAGCAGUGUGUUAAAAAGGCCUUCUGACAGCAACUCUGCUCUCUUCUCUGUCACGCCGCGUGACCGCUUGGUGUAUGCCUCUGGCACUGUCCGGUCUACUGCGUCCAAUAAUGCACCCUACAUAGACAGAGUGAGACAGAGAGAGAUAGAUACACAUAGACACAUCACACACAUACACAUCCGGACACAAGUUACAAGUUACAUGCACAGGAGCUCUGACAAAACUGAAAGAGACACGAAAUGCAAAGGGAACACACACACACAUCAGUUUACACUUCCCAGUAGCCAAACAAGUGUGUCUACAUACACACUUUGAAUUCUACAGCAAAGUGCUUACAAGAGUGUUUGUGUUGUUUUGGCAGCUCUCACAAAAUGAGCUUCCAAAUACACAUUAAUCCAUCUGUCCAGUGUAGACAAGAAAAGGUGGUCCCUAGAUUACCCUGGAAAUGGGUAGAGGCUGGAAAUGUGGAUCCAUGUGGCUGAUAACAAAUGUUUACCUGUUGGAUGGUUCAGCAUUGUGCCAAACCAGCCAAGCAGUCAACACUGCUAUGGGAAGCCAAGAAAAACCCAUUUAUUUUAAUGAAAACAGAGACAGAAAGAUGCACACACAGGAUAAGAAAGAGGAGUUUAAGGCAAAGAAUAAUAGAUGUAGAGAUGAAAUAGUGAAGGUGCUAUGAUCAGGAGAAAACCUUUCUGCUUGUGAAUGUUUGUCAUAAAAUCUUGUGAAGGUGUAUAUAAGAGAGGAGAGGGACACAAAAUACAUAGCAUGUCUGUUUGUGUGCACUGUGGUCCAGAGAAUAGCCUCAGCUGUGCCACUCACUGCUUAGUAAUCCCAAACAGGAAAUCAAUGUUGCCUGCUGUAUGUGUUUGUGUGCCUGUGUGUGUGUAUUUGUGCAUCUCCAGACACCUCUGGCUGCCAGUGUUUCUCUUUGUGUGUGUGUGUGUGUCUGUGAGUGAGUGAGUGAGUGAGUGAGUGAGGAGUGAGUGAGUGAGUGAGUGAGUGAGUGAGUGAGUGAGCCAAAGGCAAACCCAUGCCAGGGCAGUGACAUCCUUCUCUCCCUGUGCUGUAUUCCCUAUCUCCAAAUCAAUAUCCCUGCUUAGUUUAGCAGUCAAGCCAAUCAGUCUUGCUAGCUAUGCUAUAACAAAACCACAACUGGGUUCUCUGUAGCAACUCGGAUCAAUUCUAAUGCAGGAUCUUGAUUCACUUUUUGUCUCCAUAAGACUCACAAAUUAUUAGGCCGCAUUGCACAACAGGAAAAGGGGCCAGGUUGUUAUUAUUAUUACUCUGAAUGGCACAGGACUACAUGUCAGCAAUCAUCUAUCUCUAAAGAUGUUUUUGUGCAAUACGAUGAAGAUGCACACCAAACUGACACAUUACUUGACUUGUAACCAGGAAGUCUACUAAUAUUUACAACAUAGUAGAGUUACCGCAAAAAACAAAACACUAACAGUGACAAACCCACAGAUAAUCCUCACCUACUGUAACUCAGCAGUUCCCCUCAGCUCCUCGGAGCGUUUUACGACCUUUUAGCUUGUUGAUAUUUUUACAGCUCACGACUUUACGGUUUUGGUUCACUCACAUCAAUGUGUAUAAUGACUCCAAAUGAAUGCUACAUAUCUACUGAAUUAGUAAAAACUGUAGCUACUGUUUGCUAACACAUUUGCCAUUAGCUGCUUCCAAGUGGUGAAAAGAAAUCAGUUAAUGCUGGUUUAAAACCACCAGAAGGAGCAGUUGUUUCCUAGCCACCUCUAUCUGCUCCUGAUGGUGGUUUUAAAGUAAAGCUUAAACUUGCAAACAUGCCUUUCUCUAUUUUUGAGAUAACUCUACUAAAUAUUUAAGUCUAAGUUUUUUGACUUGUGGUUUAGUAUAUUUGUUGUCCAAGCAGCGACAGACACGGUACAGCCCAUUGAUGUCCUUUUACAGUAUGUUAAACUCCGCCACUCAAGUGUUACAUUUGUAAUUUUCAGCAUAGCUAAAUUUAAAAGUGUGCAGAUAAAGCACACAUACCGUAGUGUAGCUGUUCAUAUUUUCUUCCCAUAAUAUGCAAGGUCACUGUAUUUAUCACUUCGUAAUCUCCAGUAUCAGCUGCUUUCAGAUGUUGAGCACUAGCUCCAGUAUACUGUGCAAUAUUGUUUGAAGCAAAAACAUGAGGGAACGCUACACUAUGUAUUUAGCUACCUUUUAUGCAAAUGAAAGAAAAGCAAAUUAAGCUUUUUGAAAAUUCUGAUCCGAGCACUUUAAAUGACAUUAGUUGUUGAUGCUGAAUGAACAUUAAACUGGAUUUAGAAACUACUUGGUUUCAUAGUACCUUUUGAUUUAUUAUAUUCUUUAUUUUUUCCCAGCGUUUCUCACUUUGCAAAUGUAAUCGUAUUUUUCUAGGAAGCCAUGUGAGACAGCAAUAAAGGUUGAACCAAAAAAUCUGAUAAGGGUGUUUCAGCUAAUCAUCUGUUAGUACUGAAGCAAAUGGAACUUUGUCACCUUUUACCAUGUUUCUUUAAUAUGUUGUUUCCAUCACAAUUGCUUACAUGUUAGACCAGUAACCUCCAGACAUGUUUACACUGAAUGCUUAAAGCUUUAGUGCGUAACAUAUUGAUAUUAAUGAACGUCCGUUACAUUCAAGCCAUUGCCAAAUAAGUUGCUACAAAGCUAAUUAAGACUAUCAGCUCCAACUCUCUGUGUAUUUCUCAGUAUGGCUAUGUUCAGAAGAUUGUGUCGUCCGAUGACUUUCCCCUGCAGAAGCUCCAGUGAAGAUAAUGACCUCUUCUGAAGAGUCCAUCAUGCUUUUUUAAUCCUCUGUGUCCUCCUUGCAUACUAGCAACUGCGUGGAGGAGGGGUGGGGGGCGCAUGCACGAUCACAGAAGGCUGUAUCAUGUGGACGUGCCGACAGUGUUGUUGUCAUUACUUAGAAUUACUCAUGGGGGAGACCGAAACUACGCACUAUAGCUUUAAGUGUAGGUCAAUGGAAAAAUGUUAAACUUCCGAGCAGAAGAUGGGGCUGGGCUAUCAAUGAGAGGCCACAGGUGAAAUCCCUGGUCCUAUGGUGGUAGGUACUACUUUGAAAGUCAAUGCUAUUCAUUGUCCUGGAUCAUAGACCCUCGCCAAUGCUUACACACAAACAUAAAGCUGCGGACCUCAGUUCAAAAUGAAAGAGAAACCUCAUUCUUUUCCUUGUUUACACUGUCUACUGGGUGAAUUUCUGUGGAAAUAAAGUAUGAUUGUGAAACUAA